AUGGGUGACGAGGGCCCCAAAUGGCGCCUAGACCAUGCGGAUACCGGCUCAGCAAUCUGUCAGCAAGCAGCCUGUAAGCGGAAUGAAUCAAAAAUUGUCAAAGGUGAACUGCGCAUCGGUACACGUACACUGUUCGACAAUGGUAUCCAAAGCCGAUGGUACAUGGCCUGGCGUCAUUGGGGAUGCGCGACGAAGCAUCAAAUCGCGGGCUUGAAGGAGACUACCGAGAACGACCCAACUAAAGCACCUGGCUAUGAUCGACUCAGCCCAGAAAGUCAAGAGCAGGUGAGACUGGCAUUCGAGAAGGGUAUGCCCGUAGAUAAGGGGUUCAAGGAUAUUCGUGAGGACCUGGCGAAAAACUCACGCAAGUACGCAAAAGAGUAUAGGGACGCAGAGGGCUACAAGGCUGACGUCGCCACUCGCGCUGCUGCUUGCCGUGGAGGCGACUGUGUAUCGGACAACAUUAAGAUCAUCAAGGGCCAUCUGAGACUCGGCAUCUUGGUCAACUUUGACGGUGAACAUGUUACGCCGUACUACAAACACUGGAAGUGUAUGUCUAAGUAUGACUUGGCAUGUGCACAGAUGUGCUACGAGAAGGGGGAGUUUUAUGGUAUCGAUAACAUCCCCGAAGAGUUCAAGGAAGUGGUGCUCAAGACGUUCGAAACGGGCGAGGUUGUGGAGCCGCCAGAGCCUAAGGUCGCGCCACCGAAGACGAAAGCAAAGCCGAAGUCGAAGACGCCUCGUAGCAAGAAGACCAAAGUCAAGCUAGAACCUAGUGACAGUCCGGAAGAGUCAGAAGACCAGCUCGAGGAUCCGAACGUUAAAUUGCAAGAAACAAUCUCACCAUCACCCGUGGCAAAACCCAAAGCAAAGAAAUCGAAAGCAAAGAGACGCCCUGCUGAAGAUAUUGACAGCGGUAGCGAGGCCGAACCAGAGUAUGUUCCAAGAAAGUCAAGGAGCAGAUCUAGUCCAUUCAAAGAGGCCAACGUCCUGGCUGAGGCUGCUACAUCAGCUCCUGAAGAUCUGGUGGACAAUUGA